CUUAAUUCGUUUGUCUGAAUCUAACCCAUUAUAACAACUACAUUCACUCGCCCCUAAUCCUCCAUAAAUUCGGUUCUUCUCUUAGUACCAAAAACAAACACAAAAUGGCGACUUCUGAGGUCAAUAAUCCGGCUCUGGCUCCGGACUCGGAUACUCCGAACGAUCCGAGUCAUGAGUUCGCUCAGUUCGGAGCUGGAUGCUUCUGGGGAGUGGAACUGACGUUUCAGCGAGUGAUUGGGGUGGUGAAGACGGAAGUCGGAUAUUCUCAGGGUCAUACCCCGGAUCCGACUUACAAGCUAGUUUGUUCUGGGACAACUAAUCACGUUGAAGUGGUUCGGAUCCAAUUCGACCCGAAAGUAUGCUCGUAUACCCAUUUGCUUUCGGUCUUUUGGGGUCGCCAUGAUCCCACAACCCUCAAUCGCCAGGGUGGUGAUGUUGGGGACCAAUAUCGAUCUGGAAUAUACCACUACAAUGAAUCCCAAGCUCGUUUGGCUCAAGAAUCAAAGGAAGCUAAGCAGUUGGAGUUGAAGGAAAAGCAGGUAGUCACAGAAAUUCUGCCAGCAAAGAAAUUUUACAGAGCAGAGGAGUAUCAUCAGCAGUAUCUUGAGAAAGGAGGUGGUCAAGGCUCAAAACAAUCUGCCGAGAAAGGUUGCAAUGACCCCAUUAGAUGCUAUGGCUGAGAAUAUUUCAAUAAGCCCAUAAAAUAAAGCUCAACUCAUAAUUUUCACUUCUGUGUCCUGUGAUUUAUGUUAUAUGUGUUGGAAUACUAUUUGUUUUAAUGCCUCUGUUUUGUAUGAAAUUCCUAUCAAUAAAUGCCAACACUGUUUUUGCAUUGAA